AUGUCGUCCGAGCUCUCCGCUCCCCCUGUCCUCUCCACCCCGGACGACCAUAUCCUCGAAAUCCCUGCUGCCGACUCCCUUCCCACAUCCUCCCUUUCCGACGAUGCCCUACGCUCCACAUACGAGGUCGUUCGCACGGCCACAGAGAUCCGCGCUGGAGGAUGGCGGCGUGUAGGGCUACAGUUUCCAGACUUCAUGCUCGUUGAUGCACCGCGUGUGGUAGAGGCGCUGUUGAAGGAACUCGCUUCCCAGGACGAGCGCGAGGAUUCGGCCGAGGACAAGGGCAAGGGAGAGAGGAGGAUCUACAUCCUCGCGGAUAGUAGCUACAGUGCCUGCUGUGUCGAUGAAAUCGCGGCCGAGCAUGUCUCUGCACAUGUUGUCGUUCACUAUGGCCGCACGUGCCUUAGCCCAACAAGUCAUCUCCCCGCGAUAUAUGUCUAUACGAGCCAUGACCUCGACUACGAUGCGACGCUCGCCGAGCUGGAGAAGGAGUUCAGUGACAAGGAAUCAAAGUUGGUCGUCAUGGCGGACCUCACAUAUCAAAACCACGUCGACAAGCUCGUAUCUCUGCUCCACGAACGAGGCUUUGCCAACGUCGUAUCAACAGCCGUCACACACAACCCCGCGGCCCUCAUCCCCAACCGCAAGAUCAUUUCCGACCCCGAUGUUAGCGACGAAGAGCACUGGAAGUCCUACUCCCUAAUCCACAUCUCCGAUCCUCCCUCCGCCUUGCUCCUCGCCCUUCACUCCCGCUUCGCGUCCCUACACAUCCUCUCCACACCCUCCCCGACUCUCGAGAAUCCGACCUUCCGCACAGCUGGUCUCCUGCGACGCCGCUUCGCCAAGGUUCUGUCUCUCGCGUCCGCCGGCGUCAUCGGCAUCCUUGUCAACACACUCUCGGUCGCGAAUUACCUCACCUCCAUCAAUCUUAUCCGCGAAAAGAUUGCCCGUGCGGACAAGAAAAGCUAUACUGUCGUCGUGGGCAAACUCAACCCUGCGAAACUCGCAAACUUUGCAGAGGUCGAAGGCUGGGUCGUUGUCGGAUGUUGGGAGAGCGGUCUUAUUGAGGAUGAUACUGGAUACUGGCGGCCUGUUAUCACACCAUUCGAGCUCGAAGUCGCCCUGAUGAGUGAGGAGGAGCGAGUCUGGGGAGGAGAAUGGUGGGGAGGUAUUGAGAAGCUGAAGUUGGAUGACAAGCCUGCUCCUGCAGAGGAAGAUACGCCUCAAGCUAAUGGCCAUGAGGAUGACGUCGCGGAGGAGGAUCAAUUCGACGAUGUCCCUGGUGGCGUUGAAGGCGAAGAGUCUGCACCACCUGAAUUCGACCUCCGCACUGGAAGACUCAUUUCUUCGAGUCGGCCAAUGCGGCUACCAGUUCGCAAGAAUCCCUCAGCCGUCGCAGGUGCUAUCACAGCCAACGGUGACGCAAACGGGACAUCUCAUCAAACAGAAGCCCUCGUCAAACACUCAGUGGGUGAAUUGGUGAGCAUCAACGGUGUCGCGAGUCCAGGUGCAGAAUUCCUCCGAUCGGGGCGCACAUGGCAGGGUCUAGGUGGUGACUUUGACAAUGAAGCGAGUACCCUUAUUGAAGAAGGCAGAAGUGGGAUCGCGAGAGGGUAUCAGGUUGGCGAGGGAGGUCGCCAUUAA